UUUUCUUUUCAGUUUUGGGUAUUCGAGAAGAUGGGGUUUGAGGCCUUGAAUUGGUACUGCAAACCAGUUGCAGAAGGAUUUUGGGAAAAGACAGUAGAUGGUGCCUUUGGCGCCUACACGCCCUGCGCCAUUGACUCAUUAGUGAUGCUUGUUUCUCAGUUUGUGCUUCUUGGUCUGUGUUUGUACCGGAUAUGGAUCAUCUUCCGCAACGCCAAAGCUCAGAGAUACGUUUUGAGGAGCAAGUACUAUAACUGUGUGCUAGGGAUAUUGGCUUCUUACUGCGUCGUUGAGCCUGUACUGAGACUGGUCUUGGGGAUCUCACUCUUUAGCAUGGAUGAAGAGACUCAUCUUCCUCCCUUUGAGGUUGCAUCUUUAAUCGUUGAGGCAUUCGCUUGGCUCUCCAUGCUUUCUUUGGUUUGGUUAGAAACCAAACGAUAUGUCAAAGAGUUCAGAUGGUACGUGAGAUUUGGUGUUGUUUAUGUUUUGGUUGCUGAUGCUGUGCUGCUGGACCUUGUGUUACCUCUCAACAACUCACUAAAUAGAACCGCACUAUAUCUCUGUAUCAGUUCAAGAUGUGCUCAGGUUCUGUUUGGAGUUAUGCUUCUUGUUUACAUUCCGGAACUAGAUCCUUACCAGGGUUACCAUACUCUAAACGGUGAAUCAUUAGACAAUGUUGAAUAUGAUGUCCUCCCUGAGGGAGAGAACAUAUGUCCCGAGCGACGUGCCGGCUUCUUUACAGGAAUAUUCUUUGACUGGAUCACGCCGCUUAUGCAGUUAGGCUACAGAAAAACCUUAAACGAGAAGGAUGUUUGGCAAUUAGAUAAAUGGGACCAGACAGAAACUUUGAUCAAAAGAUUUCAAAGAUCCUGGACUGAAGAAUCACGGAGAAGCAAGCCAUGGCUUCUCCGAGCACUGAAUAAAAGCCUUGGUGGAAGGUUCUGGUUUGGUGGUAUUUUUAAGAUUGGACAUGAUCUUUCUCAAUUUGUUGGACCGCUUAUAUUGAGCCAGUUAUUGCGGGCAAUGCAAGAAGAUGAUCCGGCUUGGGUCGGCUAUGUCUAUGCUUUCUUAAUUUUCGUUGGAGUGACACUAGGUGUGCUUUGUCAAUCUCAGUACUUUCAGCAUGUUGGACGUGCGGCAUUUAGGUUGAGAUCAACUAUGAUUGCAGCUGUGUUCCAUAAAUCUUUAAGACUAACUCAUGAAGCUCGCAAAAAUUUCACAUCUGGAAAGGUCACAAAUAUGAUAACCGCAGAUGCUAGUGCACUUCAGCUAAUAGUAGAACAGCUUCAUGGCUUAUGGUCAGCUCCCUUUCGCAUCAUUAUGUCUAUUAUUCUUCUCUAUCAACAACUAGGCGUUUCUUCGCUUUUCGGUUCAUUGAUUCUGUUUCUCCUGAUUCCUGUCCAGACUCUGGUUAUAAACAAAAUGCGGAAACUAACUAAAGAAGGACUCCAAUGGACUGACAAAAGAGUCGGUAUCACGAAUGAGAUUUUGGCAUCGAUGGAUACUGUAAAAUGCUAUGCAUGGGAGAAGAGCUUCGAGUCGCGUAUUGAAGGAAUAAGAAACGAAGAGCUCUCAUGGUUUCGCAAAGCUCAGUUACUAUCAGCUUUUAAUAGUUUUAUACUAAACAGCACCCCAGUAGUUGUGACUGUGGUUUCAUUUGGGGUUUUUGUUCUGUUGGGAGGAGAUUUGACACCGGCAAGGGCAUUCUCAUCUCUUUCUCUCUUCUCAAUUCUUAGAUCUCCUCUCAACAUGCUACCAAAUCUACUAAGUCAGGCUGUCAACGCAAAUGUUUCACUACAACGCAUUGAGGACCUACUUCUCAGUGAAGAGAGAGUUCUAGCUCAGAACCCACCUCUUCAACCAGGAGCUCCAGCCAUUUCAAUUAAGAAUGGAUACUUUUCAUGGGAUUCAAAGACAACAAAGCCCACAUUAUCCAAUAUCAAUCUGGAUAUACCGGUAGGAAGCUUGGUUGCCAUUGUAGGUGGAACCGGAGAAGGUAAGACAUCACUUGUCUCGGCAAUGUUGGGAGAGUUGUCUCACGGUGAAACCUCAAACGUUGUUAUUAGAGGCUCCGUAGCUUAUGUUCCUCAAGUUUCAUGGAUCUUCAAUGCCACUGUGCGUGAAAACAUUAUAUUUGGUUCGGAUUUUGAACCGGAAAGAUACUGGAGGGCUAUUGACGUGACUGCAUUACAACACGAUCUUGAUUUGCUUCCGGGACGUGAUCUUACAGAGAUUGGAGAACGUGGGGUGAAUAUCAGCGGAGGGCAGAAGCAGAGAGUGUCAAUGGCUAGGGCAGUCUACUCAAAUUCAGAUGUUUACAUAUUCGACGAUCCUUUGAGUGCUUUAGAUGCUCAUGUUGCUCAGCAGGUCUUUGAUAGUUGCAUGAAGGAAGAGCUGAAGGGAAAAACGAGGAUUCUCAUCACAAAUCAGUUGCAUCUUCUUCCUAUGAUGGAUAGAAUUGUUGUAGUCUCCGAGGGAAUGAUUAAAGAGGAAGGAACCUUUGAGGAGCUGUCAGGGAAUGGUAGUUUGUUCCAGAAAUUAAUGGAGAAUGCUGGGAAAAUGGAUGAGAUGGACAAAGUUGAUGACGAGAAGAUCUCUGAAGAUCCUAAUAUCAACAAUGUUGAAAUAAAACCAGGCAGUAGUACCAAGCAAAGGGAACAUGGAAGAUCCGUGCUUGUCAAGCAAGAAGAACGAGAGUCUGGCGUCAUUAGUUGGAACGUUGUGAUGAGGUAUAAAAAUGCAGUAGGCGGCUUAUGGGUAGUAUUGAUUCUCUUGGCAUGCUAUUUAACAACUGAACUUCUCCGAGUUACAAGCUGCACUUGGUUAAGUUUCUGGGCUGACCAAAGCACGUCCAAGAGUUACAGCACCAGUUUCUACGCUGUAAUGUUUGCUCUUUUCGGAUUUGGUCAGGUUGCUGUGACGUUUACCAACUCAUUUUGGCUUCUGACAUCAAGUCUACAUGCGGCAAAAACACUCCAUGACGCAAUGCUGAGCUCUAUCCUGAGAGCUCCGAUGCUCUUCUUCGACACAAACCCAACUGGUCGUGUGAUAAACAGGUUCUCUAAAGAUAUUGGUGAUAUAGAUAGAGUUGUCGCCAACCUAAUGAAUAUGUUCAUGAGCCAGCUGUGGCAACUCCUCUCCACGUUUGCUCUUAUAGGUGCCGUCAGUACCAUUUCAUUGUGGUCAAUACUGCCACUCCUCAUACUCUUUUAUGCAGCUUAUCUCUACUAUCAGAACACGUCACGUGAAGUAAGACGUAUGGAUUCCGUUGCAAGAUCACCUAUAUAUGCUCAAUUUGGAGAAGCGUUGAAUGGUUUGUCAAGCAUCAGAGCCUAUAAAGCCUAUGAUCGGAUGGCAAAGAUUAAUGGAAAAUCCGUUGACAACAACAUAAGGUUCACUCUUGCUAAUACUACAUGUAACCGUUGGCUAACUAUAAGAUUGGAGACUCUUGGAGGUGUCAUGAUUUGGUUAACCGCUACUUUCGCGGUUAUGAGAAGCAGUAACGCAGAGAACCAAGCUGGUUUCGCAUCAACGAUGGGUCUUCUUCUUAGCUACACUCUGAACAUCACUACUCUAAUGAGUGGUGUUCUACGGCAAGCUAGCAAAGCAGAGAACAGCUUGAACUCUGUUGAGAGAGUUGGUCACUACAUUGAUCUUCCUCCUGAGGGUUCGGAGAUAGUAGAGAGCAACCGUCCAGUCCCUGGCUGGCCUUCAAGAGGGUCUAUCAAGUUUGAAGACGUUCACCUACGUUACAGGCCAGGGUUGCCUAUUGUGUUACAUGGACUGUCCUUUUCUGUCUCUCCUAAUGAGAAAGUAGGAGUGGUGGGAAGAACUGGUGCAGGGAAGUCUUCUGUUUUGAAUGCAUUGUUUAGGAUUGUGGAAGUGGAAAAGGGAAGAAUCAUGAUUGAUGAUUAUGAUGUGGCUAAGUUUGGACUGACAGAUCUGCGGAGAGUCCUGAGUAUUAUACCACAAUCUCCAGUGCUUUUCUCAGGGACGGUGAGAUUCAACAUUGACCCAUUUGAUGAGCACAAUGAUGCUGACCUCUGGGAGGCUCUACAAAGGGCGCAUAUGAAAGAUGUUAUCGCCAGGAAUCCUUUAGGCCUUGAUACUGAGGUCUCUGAAGGAGGUGAGAAUUUCAGCGUGGGGCAAAGGCAACUGUUGAGUCUAGUGCGUGCGUUGCUAAGAAGGUCCAAGAUCCUUGUUCUAGACGAAGCAACUGCCUCUGUUGAUGUCAGGACAGAUACUCUGAUACAGAGGACCAUCCGUGAGGAAUUCAAGUCUUGCACAAUGCUUGUCAUCGCUCACAGGUUGAAUACCAUCAUCGACUGUGACAAGAUCCUUGUGCUUAGUUCUGGUCAGGCUUUGGAGUAUGAUAGUCCACAAGAACUGCUAUCAAAAGAUACAAGUGCCUUCUUUGGGAUGGUUCACAGCACUGGACAAGCAAAUGCUCAGCACCUUUGCAACUUGGUCUUCGGAGGGAGACAAGAAGGGUAAUUGUCACUUUGCAUGAUGAUGAUGAUGAUGAUGAUGAUGAUGAUGAUGAAAAUUGCGUCAUUAUCAUUUACCAUGACCAAUACACGUUAGAAAGCACCGGAUAUGGAACAUUGGAGAAACAUUUGAAGGGGAUUUGUGCAUAACAAAUAACUGUAAUGAAGUAUUAUUACCUACCAAGUGUUCAUAUGUAGAAAGACUUCGUAGAACUAAUGACCUGCAAAAUAAAAUAAAAUAAAAUAA